AUGGCCACUGUUGCCCCUAUUCACAGGUGCUCGCACUGCUCGCGAGAAUUCGGCCGAGCCGAGCAUCUUGUACGCCAUGAACGGACCCACACGAAAGAAAAGCCAUAUGGCUGCGACUUGUGCGCCCAAGCUUUCUCUAGGAGGGAUCUGUUGCGAAGACAUGAGUGGAAGGCGCACCAGCGUGGACGGCCGCCAAAGGGCAACGAGGGGGCGACGAGAAGAGCCGGAGAUGGCACGCAAAGACAGGACAUGACUUCGCCAGAAGAUGAGUCCCCGUCAAGUCAUUCCCAGAUUCAGUCAACUAUAAAUCUGCCGGACCAGCAGUGGCUGAGCCAUCACCCGCAGGAAUCCUCGUCAUCGUUGUUUGGGACAAAUGUGUCAAUCCAGGACUCCUUCAUGCCCGACGAGGUGCAAUGGCUCCAGACUCUUGACGAACUCGGUCCAAACGCGCUGGACCAGUUUAACUUUGCUGCCCCCCCUUCGCGUGAUUGGGGGCCCGGUGUGCAAUUUGGCCCCGGCGUUGGAACUGUUCAGCUCAACAGACAAUCUCUGUUCUCUCUCCCGCCAUCUCCUGAGCUGCAACCCCUUGAUGAUGCCUCACCAGGUAACUCACUUACCGGCGCCGAGCUCGCCAUCACGGAAGCCUGCUGGCUCCAUCUCCAACAAGAAGCGCAAAGAUUGAAGCCGGGUUACGUGCUGGUAGGCAGAGAUGUUCUCUGCAGCUACAUCGAUCGUUACUUUAACAGCUUCAACCGACACCAGCCGUUAUUCCAUCAUCCAACCUGGACACCCAGCGAAGCCCCCGCAUUUCUCAUCUUUGGCGUAUGUGCCAAUGGUGCUCUGUACAGCCUGGAGGGGUCGACAGCCCGAGACUUGUUCGAGUUCGCGACGACACUGAUGCCUGCCUCAGGUGGAGGGUUGCCGAAACUGCAGGGUAUGAUGCUCUUGACAGCAUUUGCUGCUUGGGGUGGUGAACCCGAUGACCUCGACAAAGCACUCCAAUACUACGGCCCGAUGACGAUUUUGUUGCGGCGGGAGUGGGCCAGGAUGCAAGGAAUCGGGCUUUCGGCCGAUCCAUGUUGGAAAGAAUGGCUUCAACUAGAAACAUUGAAGAGGGUAACGGGGUGCAUUUUUACCUUGAUGACUCUGUUGAACGUAGCUUACGAUGUGCCUUCGCCCUUUCUAUACGAAAAGGAACACGAGCUACCGUCGAAAGAGGACAAAUGGGACUCCAAGACUGAAGAAGAGUGGAUAAAAGCAUGUCAACGAUCUACAGAUUGCACGGAAUCUCAUACUAUGGGGUCUAUUACCGACCAACUCACCGAUGAGUCGUCCUCUGCUCCGCCAAACAUCGGCACCUUUGCCUGCCACCUCGUCAUAUCCUUCCUACUUCAGAAGAUCAUCCUCUCUCACCGAGCCCAGAUACCUAACGGUACCGAAGAAUUGUCGACUCGCGACGAGUUUGCCAACCUCCUGAGCCGGUGGCAGCAAAUCUUCAAGCACAUUUCAAGCUUAGGGUCGCCACCUGAUGACCCGCGGGAGCCUAUGCUCUUCAACAGUACCGCAAUAUCUCGAAUUGCAUACAUCCGACUUGCCUCGGACUUCUCCCACGUGAGAAGGAGCUUCGGAGUAUACUCCGAAGAGCAGGUUGUUGAGUUGAUUAGGUCCACACGGCCCCCCAGCCGCGGAUCGGCGACCACGCGGGCUGCAUUACAAGCCUGUCUUGCCCUCCGGACGCCCACUCAACUGGGAUUCCAGGUUGUGGCGCGCACGAGCUUUUGGUUCUGGAGCGUGCAACAUUCGCUGAGCUACUUUGAGUGUGCCUUGUUUCUAUCCAAGUGGGCGCAAUCAGUCUCGUGUAUUCAAGACUUGUCUUUGGAUGAGCAAAAGGUUCUUCGCUUGCUGAAGCAGCUGACGCGGGCGAGUGGCGAGCAUGCAAGGGGCGAGACUUCUAGACCGCUCUCGGCUCUUGUCCUGUUGAGAUGGGCCGAGCUGCUUGAUACUGGGACGACGACGGUGUGGGGUAUCAUGCCGAGGAUGGCGAGGAUAUUGACUCUGUACGCAGAUACAAUGACAUGA